CAACUCUGCCAACGCCCAAAGCUUCCAGAAACCUCUGUCUAUGAUAACCCGAGUUCUAAGCUCAUAUACCAAACAAUCAACACAAUGGCUACACCAUUUCUUGCUGGUCUUGCAGUAGCAGCCACUGCUCUUGCUGGUAGAUAUGGUAUCCAGGCUUGGCAAGCAUUCAAGGCACGACCACCUAAACCUCCUCAAAUGCGCAAAUUUUUUGAAGGGGGUUUUCAGCCGACUAUGACUAGAAGGGAAGCAGCUCAGAUUCUUGGUCUCAGGGAAAGUGCGCCCCCAGACAAGGUUAAGGAAGCACAUCGAAGAGUGAUGGUUGCAAAUCAUCCUGAUGCAGGUGGCAGUCAUUACCUUGCUUCUAAAAUCAACGAGGCUAAAGAUGUGAUGCUUAGGAAGACAAAGGGCGGUGGAUCAGCAUUUUGAUCUGUUUGAUUUUCCCUCAGAUUUCAAGUAGGUGUGCUUAACGGGUAGAAUAAUACCCCUUCAUUAACAUUCACAUAAAACAAGCAAUGGUCACCCAUAAGUUAUGGAUCCCCAGUAGUAGCGUUCCGUUGGUCAAUGUGCUGCUGUAGGUUCAAAUUUUGUUAAAAGCCAGAUAGGACAUUUUUAUAUUGAAAUGUAUGAUAUUGAGGCCCAAAAGGGUUAAAAGAAGGCGGUUUGUGUUACGACAUUUUUGUACUUACAUUUCAGUUUGAAAACAUCUUGAUAUCAGAAAUAAAAAGAUUGUGUUUCUUAUUAGUUUUAAUAUGAAUGAUAUAUUGCCCUUU